AUGGACUUUUCCGCCAGAGAGGUCGCUGACCAAGCCGAGCUCUUCGCAGCUCUAACCGGCAUAGUCAAGCCCAAUCACUGGGACAUGUUCUUCCUCGCUAUGGGCAGAACGGGAUCAGGGAAGAGCACCUUUAUCAGACAGUGCACGGGAAAGCAAGUCAUCGUCGGCCACGGCCUGUAUUCAUGCACAAGCUCCGUCUACGUAGCAGACUACCACUGGAACGGCCGCCGCAUCUUUCUCAUCGACACCCCCGGCUUCAACGAUACCGCCCACCCCGAGGUCGAGAUCCUCGAAGUCCUCGCCUCUAGCCUGGCCGCCUCGUACGCCAACGGCGUGCGAAUCCACGGCGUGCUCAUGCUGCAACCUGUAUCUGAGAACCGCAUGUCCGGGUCCAGCCUUCGGUGCAUCGAGAUGGUCGAGGCGGUGUGCGGAUUCGCUUCGUCUUCGUGGCCGUCGCGGUGCGAGAACCUGGCUAUCGUCACAACAAUGUGGCCGUUAUCUACGGGGAAUGGAGGGGAGGAGCAGAAGACUGUGUUGGAGGGAAGGCAUAGGGAGCUGUGCACUCAGGAGAUGUUCUUCGGUGGGCUUGUCAGUCGUGGCGCGACGGCGUUUCGGUACAACGAGACGGGAUCGCAAGACCCGACAGAGCAGAUGAGAGCCGCGCGGAACAUCAUAGCUCACCUUGUCCGCCGCUCAGACAUGCACCCCCUCGACGUACUCCAACUCCAGCGCGAGAUCGUCAUUGAAGGUAAAACCCUCGGCCAGACGGCCGCCGGCCGCUCUGUUGCUGCAGGCCUCGACAAGAGUCAGCAGGCCUACCAGCGGCGACUGCAACAGGCGGCCCAAGACGACGAUGAGAUGCUCUCCAGCCUCGCAGCGCAAACGAACGCGGCGCAUCUGACGGAGAUCCGGGAGCUGCGGCAGGACUUACACGACCAAAUGCGAAAAAUUGAGACAGAGAAGGAAGCGCUCAAUAAGUCAAUACAAGACUUGCACAAGGAAUACCAGCAGCAGUGGAAGAACAACCUGCUUGACCUGGAGAAGAUGUUCCACGCCCAGGUGAAAGCAAAACAUGAGAUACUCGUCAGAGAAGAAGCCAAGCGACAACGACGCCUCGAGAGGGUAACCCGAUCGUCAGCAAGCUCACGACAGGAGAGCAAGGCGUCUUUGUCAUCGUUGGUCGACGAGAAGAAUCAGACCGUAGGCAACUUGAGGAAGGAAAUCUCCGAGGUUCGCGAUGCGCAUAAGAAGUUUACAGGCUAUCGUGCGAACAUUGUCAAUGGUGCUACGAAUGGCAUCGCUGCGGGCAUCACGGCAAGCACCCUGACUGCUGUUGCCGCCGCCGCUGCUGGAGGUACUGGGGCGUUGAUCUGCACAGUCAUGUAA